GUUGGCCGCAGCGCAGGAAGCAGCCGCUCAGCAGCAACAGCAGCAAGCGGUCCAGCUACACCAUCAGGUGGCGGCGGGCGCAGCUGAUAGAAUGGGGGGCGCGAGCGCGACGGCCGGGCAGGGGCCCACCUCGCUGUUCCUGUUCUCGGAGGAGAACCCCAUCCGUAGAUACACUCGCUUCAUCAUCGAGUGGCCUCCGUUCGAAUAUGCCGUUCUUUUGACAAUCAUUGCCAACUGUGUGGUGCUGGCACUCGAAGAGCACUUGCCCAAUCACGAUAAGACUGUGCUGGCACAAAAAUUAGAAGCAACAGAGGUAUACUUUCUUGGAAUAUUCUGCGUUGAAGCUUCACUGAAGAUAUUAGCGUUAGGUUUCGUUUUCCACCGUGGAUCAUAUUUGAGAAACAUUUGGAACAUCAUGGACUUUUUCGUUGUACUCACAGGUGGACGGAUUUAAAACUAGAAUUUUAGAGGAAAUUAGUGGUUGGAGUAGUUAGCUAGAGGCUAGUACUU